AAUUGUUACUUUCUUAUAUUUUAUAUUUUAUUCUCAUCUAAAGAAAAAAAUACAGUUCUGUGGAAUUUUUUUUAAAACCUAAACCUAUUCUAUCAACUUCACCCUUAGACUUUCAGCCAGUAAGUAACAGCUCAUAAGGUAAACACAUUUUGUUCCAUGAAGUACGAGCAAAUACUUACCUGCAUCAUGCUGCAUAUAUAAAGAUAGACAGACAAAGGGGCCACACAAAUUAACUAGUAAAUAGAGUAGUAAAUAAUAAAUUAUUCUAGAUUUUUCUGCUAUGUGCGGUGCACCGUUUGUUGUGUAUGUACCGUUGCGCGGGUAGGAACUAUUACGCUGGUACUUUUUCCACGUCGGACGACCACUGCUGCUGUACCGUCCUUCACAUUCAGGGCAUGGAUACACUGUAUUUCAAAUGACACACCGGCAUUUGAGUUAUUUCAAGAGAGUUAAUUGACGAAGAAAUGUGCAAAUGUCCUAAUUAGAGCAGAAGCCUAAGGCUGUAGCCAUCCUUAACUUCAUCUAUGGAGGAUAUGAAGACCUAAGUCCCAAACAUGUCAUCAAGACUUGCUGCUACUGCAUUCAACUCCCUGAAGUUGCCCGUGCGUCACUGGAAAGUCACUAUUCUCAGAACUUCUUUCCCGUCAGAGCCAAGACAAUUGUUAUUUAGAACUGUAGUUUUACGAAAAUUUCACAGAAGUACAUCGGCAGCCUCACUUGUGAUAAACCAGACACCAGUUUUUGCCAAAGCUCCUACGUUUGGUGAUAAGAUUGCCAUUAUAGACAGCAGUGGGAGGCACAGCUACGAGCAACUGUACUGCAGCAGCUAUGAUUUAGCAAGUAGAAUCAGUGCAGCUCUGAACUCUGACUUCGGUGGUCUGGAAGGAAAGAGGGUCGCCUUCCUGUGUGCCAAUGAUGUGUCCUAUACAGUGGCGCAGUGGGCAGCCUGGAUGAGUGGUGGGACUGCAGUGCCGCUUUACCGGAAACAUCCUGUAGCUGAAUUAGAGUACAUAAUCUCAGAUUCCCAGAGCUCACUGCUUGUAGCGGGACAUCCUUAUGCGGAGAUCAUUGAACCUUUAGCAGUGAAGCUGGGGCUGCCUUACCUGACACUACCUCCAUCUUCAACCCUGAGCACUGUUAAGGAGACGGACGCUAAAGAGAGGAAGACAGCCAUCACAGACUGGGCUGACAGACCUGCUAUGAUAAUUUACACCAGUGGGACCACAGGGAGACCCAAGGGUGUUCUACAUACACACAGUAGCAUCCUAGCUAUGAUCCAGUGUCUAGUUUCCGAGUGGGCGUGGACUAGAGAUGAUGUCAUUCUCCACACCUUGCCGCUCCACCACGUGCAUGGGAUUGUUAACAAGCUGCUAUGCCCACUCUGGGUGGGCGCCACCUGCAUCAUGCUGCCUGAAUUCCAGCCUCAGAAGGUGUGGGAGAUGCUCCUGAGCUCCAGGGCUCCUGUGGUUAACGUGUUCAUGGCCGUGCCCACUAUCUACUCUAAGCUGAUCCAGUACUAUGAUCAGCACUUCACACAGGCUCCUGUCAAGGAAUUUGUAAAAGCAGCCUGCAAAGAAAGGAUCAGGUUAAUGGUUUCAGGCUCAGCUGCUCUCCCUCCUUCCACCCUGCAGCAGUGGGAGGACAUUACAGGACACACACUGCUCGAACGUUAUGGCAUGACUGAGAUCGGCAUGGCUCUGUCCAAUCCUCUGAAAGGCCAACGUAUCCCCGGAGCCGUGGGGUCGCCACUGCCUGAGGUGGAAGUUCAGAUUGUCAUGAGUAAUUCAACCAACACUACCAUUGUGGAGGGCAAUCACAGCUGGACCUGGGUCCACCCAGGUCUAGAGGGGAAGGAGGGUGAGCUCCUGGUCCGUGGCCCAUCUGUCUUCAAAGAGUACUGGAACAAACCUGAGGAGACUAAAGAGGCCUUUACACAGUUUGGCUGGUUUAAAACAGGAGACACAGCGGUCUACAAAAACGGCGUUUACUGGAUCAGGGGUCGCACCAGUGUUGAUAUCAUCAAGAGUGGAGGCUAUAAGAUCAGCGCACUUGAGGUGGAGCGCCACCUCCUGGGUCAUCCAUCUAUCUCCGAUGUGGCUGUCGUCGGGGCCCCGGAUGCUAUGUGGGGUCAGAAGGUCACAGCGGUCGUGCAGUUGAAGAAGGGCCACAGUUUGAACCUGGAGGACCUGAAGGUCUGGGGCAGGGUCCACAUGGCCACAUACACCAUCCCCACAGGCCUGGUGGUGGUGAGUGAAAUGCCAAGGAAUCAGAUGGGCAAGGUCAACAAGAAGGACCUGCUGCGGCAGUUCUUCCUGUGAUGGUUCGACACAACUGCAUUGUGGUGGAAACGUGGCCAUCAAUAAUGUUUUCCCGAUAAAGUAGAAGUCGACCUUCUUCGAAGCUUUCACUUCAACCCGGCGUACAUGUACUUGUAACUGAGUACUGUCUGUUCUGCAGAGCUAAGGUGAAAUGGUUUCUGCCUCCUCUCGGACUCAUUUGUUUCCCCACGUUAACUCUGUGUAAAUGAAUCUUCUGUUUGUCCGUUUAAGGUGAAAUAACAAGUCUGGUCUUCUUUGAUUCAUGACCACGAGCCUCGUAUCACCGAAUGUUUAAGGAUGAGCUCCGAACGAAUCCUUUAACUCAGCAGGUACUCUGGGUAAAAAGAGACAACGGGGCUUUUAAUUGGUGUAAACUUUUAUUUACGUAAAAUGUGCUGAUAUCGGGAGAUUGAAUGUUGAUUGAUGUGACUCCUCAACUGUGGUUAUUCAUCUAGUAACAUAAAAAACAUUUAUUGAAAGGAACUCAU